GACGGGCCGCGGCCGCCUCCAUGAAGCGGAAGAGCGAGCGGCGGCCGACCUGGGCCGCCGCGCCCCCCUGCUCGCGGCGGUGCUCGUCGUCCUCGCCGGGAGUGAAGAAGAGCCGCAGCUCCACGUCGCAGGAACUGCACCACCUGGACCGGCAGGACGACCUGUACCUGGACAUCACCGAUCGCCUUUGUUUUGCCAUUCUCUACAGCAGACCAAAGAGUUCAUCAAAUGUACAUUAUUUCAGCAUAGAUAAUGAACUUGAAUAUGAAAACUUCUACGCAGAUUUUGGACCACUCAAUCUAGCAAUGGUUUACAGAUAUUGCUGCAAGAUUAAUAAGAAAUUAAAGUCCAUUACAAUGAUGAGGAAGAAAAUUAUUCAUUUUACUGGUCCUGAUCAGAGAAAACAGGCAAAUGCUGCUUUCCUUGUUGGAUGUUAUAUGGUUAUAUAUUUGGGGAAAACUCCAGAAGAAGCAUAUAGAAUAUUAAUGUUUGGAGAUACAUCCUAUAUUCCUUUCAGAGAUGCUGCCUAUGGGAGUUGCAAUUUCUACAUUACACUUCUUGACUGUUUUUAUGCAGUAAAGAAGGCAAUGCAGUAUGGCUUCCUUAAUUUCAACUCAUUUAACCUUGAUGAAUAUGAAUACUAUGAAAAAGCAGAAAAUGGAGAUUUAAAUUGGAUAAUACCAGACCGAUUUCUUGCCUUCUGUGGACCUCAUUCAAGAACCAGACUUGAAAGUGGUUACCACCAACAUUCUCCUGAGGCUUAUAUUCCGUAUUUUAAGAAUCACAACGUUACUACCAUUAUUCGUCUGAAUAAAAGGAUGUAUGAUGCCAAACGCUUUACGAACGCUGGUUUCGAUCACUAUGAUCUUUUCUUUGCGGAUGGCAGCACCCCUACUGAUGCCAUUGUUAAAGAAUUUCUGGAUAUUUGUGAAAAUGCAGAGGGUGCCAUUGCAGUACACUGUAAAGCUGGCCUUGGACGAACAGGCACUUUGAUAGCCUGCUACAUCAUGAAGCAUUACAGGAUGACAGCAACCGAGGCCAUUGCUUGGGUCAGAAUCUGCAGACCUGGCUCAGUGAUUGGACCUCAGCAACAGUUUUUGAUGAUGAAACAGGCAAGCCUCUGGAUGGAAGGUGACUAUUUUCGUCAAAAGUUAAAGGGUCAGGAGAAUGGAAAACACAGAGCAGCUGUCUCAAAACUCCUCUUGGCUGUUGAUGACAUUUCAAUCAAUGGGGUCGAGAAUCAAGACAAGCAAGAACGUGAACUGUACAGUGAUGACGACGAAAUCAAUGUAGUGACACAAGGUGAUAGACUUCGGGCCCUGAAAAGCAGAAGACAAUCAAAAACAAACGCUAUUCCCCUCACAGUAAUUCUUCAGUCCAGUGUUCAGAGCUGUAAAACAUCUGAACCUAACAUUUCUGGCAGUGCAGGCAUUACUAAAAGAACCACCAGAUCUGCUUCAAGAAAAAGCAGUUUUAAAAGUCCCUCCAUUUCAAGGACUAAAACAGUCUUGCGUUAAGUAAAAACCUGUGACCAGAACUGAAGGAAGACUCUAGGAACAGAAAACUACAACAGGACUUUAGCACAAUUUAUUUGGAAACAAAACAGAAUUGCAAAAGCCUUAGCUGCUUUCCACCUAAGAAGUUCAUUCAAUGAAGAAAAUGUCCACUGGAAUUUAAAUAACUACAUGAGUUUGGGUACAAGUGAAUGACUUGAAGAGGGCCCAACUCUCCUUCUAUAGAAAUGUCUUUAACAAAAAAGCUGUUGUAAAUUAGUCUCAGGUGUAAAUAUCAAAGCCCUCUGUUAUCAGGAGAGCUGACUAGUCUGUGUGGUGCACGUGUGUCCCUGUGAUGGCAAUCAUUUUAGCUGCUGGCCUUCAGAAGAAUUGAGGGUCUGAUGGAGGUUUUUUACUUAUUUAUUUGCUGUUCACCCUGUGUCAAAAUUUAUAAAGAUAAAACAAGCA